ACAACAUGCUAAAGUUUAUGUGUUGUCGUAAUCUUUUAGCAAUAAUUAGGUAGAAGAAAAAUAUUUCUAUACUAGUAAGUAUAUAGUUAUAUAAAUAAAUAAAAAUAGAAUCUUUGAUAGAAAAGAUUGAAUUUUGAGUUGAUUUAUUUGGUGGGCUUUCUUUCUUGAUUGAGGAAUAAUAAAAAUAAAAAUGGCAGCUGAGGGAGAUAACAAAAGCAAAGAUUUUUACAACAUUUUAGGGCUCAACAAAGAAUGCACCCUACCCGAGCUCAAGCAUGCAUACAAGAAACUUGCUCUGAAAUGGCACCCGGAUCGCCUCUCUGCUUCGGGGAAUACUAAGUAUGUGGAAGAGGCAAAGACAAAAUUUCAAGCCAUUCAGCAAGCCUAUUCUGUACUUUCGGAUGGCAACAAAAGGUUCCUUUAUGACGUAGGAGUUUACGACUGCGAUGACGACGAUGACGAAAAUGGUAUGGGCGAUUUCUUGAAUGAAAUGACAGCAAUGAUGAGCCAAUCUAAAUCUGAUGAGAACGGAAAAAAAGAGAGUUUUGAAGAGCUGCAAGAACUUUACAAUGAGCUCUUCGAGAGUGACACUCCUUGCUCAUCAUCGACCGUUGGAUCGAAUUCAACUGGGAUGAGCUCCGGCGAUCGGAGGGCUGAAAUUGCUUCCCCGUUCCAAGGGUUCUGCAUUGGAUCGUCGGAGACACAUCAACGCGGCGAGAGUAGCCGGAGAAAGAAUACUAGGAGAGGGAGAAGGUGGUGAGUUGCAAGGGCAACAAAGGGUGAUGUCAUCACUUGAAAUUUGAAGGUUUUGUGGGGGGUUUUAUUGUAAUUUAUGAAUGUGGUUUUUUAUGUCUCUUUUUGAGACAUUGUUUUAUUUGGUUUUCUAAUUUAGUGUUCUUGUAAUAUUUUGUGUUUAAGAAUUGUAACAUUCUUGUUCUUGGAUUUUAUAAUCAUAAUGUAGUUUUUAUUCAAUUUAUA